AUGUCGCAGGAGGAUAGAGAAGUUGCAGAAAUCGUGGAGGCCGCCAGAAUUUGGAACUAUGAGGCCACGAAGAGGGCACAGAAGGAGCUAGAGUCAAAAUAUGUUCCCAUUCUCGCCAAGACUGCCAAAGUCUUCCCACUGACCAUCAGCCAAGGUAUCGUGUUCCCCAGCCUGCCCCUCGUUUUACAGGGCAUCAGCGUUGUAGGAUCUCCUCUCGCGCCUGUCGGAUCUCAGCGACAAAUGCUCGAGUUUGCCGCCCUUCAUGGCAUUAAACCACAGAUUGAAAAGUUCCCUUUGACUCAGACUGGACAGACUGGAAUUACCAAUGCUAUGCAGAGGCUCAGGGACGGAAAGAUGCGAUACCGUGGCGUCGUGGUCGUGCCAUAG